CCCUGGGCGUGCCGGGACACCCGGCGGGCUGGCGGGGUGGGAGCUGCUGGGUCCGGCUCUUGGGUGCCGGUGGUGAAGUGAGGGAUGGAGGUGACGCCGGCUCUGUCUGAGCGAGGCCGCCGAAGCGCUCCGGUGCUGCGCGCCCUCGGAGAAGCCCAGCGCCUGGUUGCCCGUGCUGGGGGGGAGAGGCUGGCACAGGGGAGCGGCAGAAAUAAAGAAUAGUUAGACAACCGAGAGCGCGGGCACACGGUUCGAAUGUAGUGGGGGCUGGUGGCAGGGGUGCCCCUUCCCUCGGAGAACCUCUGUGGCCUUGAAGCCAUCGCCAUCGGAUAGAGCCCGGGGUGUGCCGUGCCGCUUCCCCGCGUUUCCAGGGAGCACCAAACCCACACCUGUCCUCAGAUCCCUGCCCUCCCCGUGCCAUCCCUUCAGCUGCCUCCUUGCAGCUUGGCCUGGGCUCUAGUCUGGAGAGCUGCUGUCCUUGCUGGGCCCCGGGAAGCAGCAGGAUUCCCAAAGGUGCCUGGAGCAUCAGGAGGGAGAGCAGCGGACAAUUCACAGCCGCUGCGAAGAAGACAUCAUCCUCACCGAAAAGCAAAAGCCCAGGAGCAAAAAGGAAGGCUGAAAAUUGCAACAGACCUUGUUCCCGGUCUUAUGUGACUCGCCCAUUUUUUCUGCCAGUUAGUUUUGGUUUUUACAGGAGGAAGGCGUGGGUCACUUUGUCACCGGCAGCAGUGCUGUGGGCAUGGAGAAACACGGGCAGGAGGAGCAGCACGGCUGGGCACAGGCAGGGUGGGAUCAGUGGCAGCAAUGCAAAGGGGAGGCAAAGCAGAAGAAAGGCCAGUGAUCAUUCUGACAAAGCAAAAAGGCUCGGGUGUCAGCUCUGCAUUCAAAAAAGAACUGAUGAAGAAAGUACAGGUGUUUUGCUUCCUGAGUGCUUGCGGAUUCAGGCCAAUUCAUUGCUUAUUUUUGCGAUUCAUUCACUUAGUGAACAAAUCAGAGUGCAACAAAGUAGCUUGGAAAUUUUAUCUCCACACUGGUGCUACUUUCCCAAAUUUAAAAGAACCUUUUAAUGCAAUGCCUGGUAACUGAAGCACCUAACAGGUACGAAAUUCAGUAAAGUCACUUUGCAGUGGUACCCAGAGUAGCCAUUUUAUACGCUUUUCUUUACAUCUGUAGAUUACACUCAUCCUAAAACAGAGUCUACAGGGAAGAAGGAAAGAAAAAUUAGUUUCAGCUGUUGUGGGAAGCAUGAUUCCCAAUUACCAGACUUUCACUGAUUUCCACAAUGUGGUCUGAGUUAAUACAUGCCAGAAACAUGUGCCUAUAAACAGCAAGGAGCUCAUCCUCAUACAUAGUCUUGUAGAAAUAGAGCUUGAUGUGGUACUUAAUGUGGACUUAAUGUACCAUAAGAAGGAAAGAGUACAAAUUAGAGGGCUACAAAUAUGCAUUUUUAAAGCUGUACCUUCUUUAUUUUACUUCCACUUCAAUGGAAAAUCUAAACUUUUCACCCUUCCACAGAAUACUCAGCAUCUCCUUCAGGGAAGUGUGUUAAAUCCAUUAAAGUUGAAUAAGCAAUGCCUAGUAAAGAAUCCCUUCAAAUUAUUAAACAAGGCCCUUUGUUUUCACCUAGUACUAAAGCCACUUUUAUUCUCUUCUUUUUUUUGCCUAAAGAUGCAAAAGAAGCCCCCAUGCAGCAUACAUUCUUGUAGCAUAAUCUGAAAGAUCUCUUAAUGUAAAUACUUUUUCAGCUGUGACAAGUAGGUGUAUCACUCUCCAGACCAUACAAUGAAAUUUUCAGUCAUCACAAGGGUUUUCCAUCCUAAACUUAGUCCCCUAUUCUCACAGAGUGCAGGGUUCCCCUGACAGCUGAUCAAGUAUCCAGCAGAGCUGAGACCCAGUUCUGGUGAGGAGUGUGUGUCCAUCAGAGACAAUGGUCAUUCAAAUGAGAAGCAGCUUCAAUAUUCACGUACCUUUCGGGGGAAAUUUGAAGCUGUUUAUUUUAAAGCUUCUGCUUUCUGGUACAAAAAUCAAAGAAGUUGGAUAAGGUUUAAAGAAGUGUGAAAUGGGAAGGACUUUACUCUUAAGAGAAAAGGCCGAGUACCAGGAUUUGCUCGUAGUUUACCAGGCUAGCUGCUCAACAGAAUGGAAACUUGUCAGCAGUGUAGGGAAAAUUCAGAUUACAGUCAGCUUUGUUGUAUUGAUGUGUACAUAGGUGUAUAAUGCUCAGUGAAAAGGAAGAUCAAAAGCAGAACACAUUAUUAAAAACUUGUUGUCUCACCCAUUAGCUUUGUCCCUAAAUCUACCAAAAUGUUUCAAAGGAAGCACUGAAGUUUGCCAAAUGAGACAUAAGCACCUUGGCUUAAAAGGAAAAGGAAACUGACAAUGAGAUUCUUCUCUGAAGGCCUCUUUGGUUAUUGCUGGAGUCAGUCCAUUCUCCAGUUGCCUUUGUUGCUGUUAGAGCUGAAGCACAGCCAGAAAAGCGCAGCGUGGAACUCCUGUGGCUGAGCACGUACUGCGAGGCCGGGGAAUCCCGCUGUGCAGUUAUUUGCGCAAGAGGGGAGAAUGUGGAGUAUCCCGUCAUCCCGGUAGCUACCGGCGGCUCUGGUAGCACAGUUUGCAUCCCAGUACAGCAUAGCCUGCGUGACACUUUGUUUAUCAAAAGUGAAAGGCACAGGGCAAGAGGAAACAAAUUUUUGUAGCCUUUUUUCCUUCUACAGUCCAAACUUUCUUUGUCACCCUUUGCAGCAGAGCUUUUAUGCCUUUUCAGGUCUGACAAUACCAUGACAGAUGAUGUCUGUAAGGCUGGACAGUACAUUUCAUACUUAGUUUUAGCAACAGAAGAGAAAUUAUGCCACAGGCUUAGAUCAGGUGAUAAUAACAUUGUGGAACGGAGGAACAUGUUAGACUGGAACAGGGUAAAUGGUCAUAAGAAUUUUUUCAUCUCUAUUUUCUAAUUUAAGGAAGAUAAAAAUUAAAGUGACUAGAAAGUGGGCCAAAUAAUGGGUGAAAAUCAGAAUGAAGGCAGUUGAAAGAAGGGGGAGAGAAAAUGGAAGUGAAAAGCAGAAGAUGAACUAGUGAAAGUCUACAGUUAGAAGACAAACCUUAAGACUGGAUACAAUGAUGUUAUUUCCUCUUAUUUCUAUUUUAAAAUUAUUUCCCCCCAUAUAAUGGCCUCCUUGUAUUCCAGCAAAGUAAAGUACUUUACACAGCUUAGUGAAUUCCAGUGUAACACAUUGAAAGGAUGUCUAAUAAACACCAAUUUGGUUGCCUGACCUCUGUAACUUCUGCCUUAGCAUUUCUGCCCUUUUGGAGAUUCUCUGGAGCUCUGCCAACUCGUGCACCAUUAAAAACAUGGCCAAAACUUCACUUUUAGUGAUGUGAGGUACAGAGAACUCUUCUGGAGUUUUCAGAUGAUGGGCAAUGCUUCUAGGGUGUGAUAUUAGGGAAAAAAAAAAAAAUCCCAAACUACUAAACUUGACAGAUAAAAGCUGGAAGUUGCUGAAAUGCAGAGUGCCAAAAAUAGAGAACUAGUGAGUCAGUUUUACAGUAAUUUCUGGAGCACAGGCGUGUGAAGGGCAUUGCAUCCAGCCAGAGGAGAUAAGUCAGUGCUUUCCCAUGCACUCCAUCGAGUAGUACUGGGGACUACUGCUUUAACCUAAGAGAGGGGAUACAUCUUUGAGGCUGGAAUAUAGUUUUAAAGUGUGAGCAAAUUCAACUCCUCGUGGUAGAAGAUAUAGUUAAUUAAAAAAAAAACAACAACAAAACACAAAACUUCCCAACAUCUACCACCACAAAAAAUCGCCCACAAACAAAUGACAAAAAAUCCAGUCAACCAACUGAAGGUAAAUAACUGCUGUGAGCACUAUGGGAGUGAAGUCCUACUGGGAGCACAUGUGGCUCAUCUUCCCAGUGCCCUGGGUCAUUGUUACCUUUCAGAGGUGGACGAGAGAUAAAUUAGACUUGCUGUGCUUCUGCUUGGCUCCUGCAGCUCAGAAAGCCAAAGUGCUUUCCACCCACCACGUGGCACCAGCACUAUUGCCCCUGCUGCAGCAGGGGAGGGAGCUUCUGGGAAGAGAGCACAGCUCACCCAGCUGAACACCAAGAAUCUCCUUCUUGCUUCACAGAAGGAACUUUGAAUUGCCUGACUUUUCCACAAAGGCAAGCCAAACACGCACACGGUUACUAAUUCUAUCCAGGCUACCCCCGUCUGAGAACAUCUGAAAAAGACACAAAAAACAGGUGUGACCUCUGCCUACUGCAUUUAUCUGGUAGCUGGGCAUACUGCAGAGUUAUCACUCCAGACACACCAAAUAGCAACCAGAACACCCAGCUGUGCUUUCUUCUGGUGCUACUAUCUUUCAUUUUUGUGAGGAAGAAAAGCAAGUGUUUCUACUGGAUGUUACACAGUUUGCACAAAAAAUGGCUCAGAAGAGAAUUAUGCAAGUCACUCCGCAUUCACCCUUUCAUGGAUGAGUGUUUGUGUUCCUUGUGUGUUCUGUUAUUGCUAAAAAGUUUAUCCGCCUGAUGCCAGCUACGAGUUUAUUCAGCAGCCCCUAUUAACACAGGCAGAAUUUUUUUGCAAAAUAUCCACGUGAUUUCUUUGAAAACAGUAUUAUCAGAAAUGACAGAUGCCAUACCUAAGGGCACCCGUCUGCAGGGCACACAGAAAUGAAGUUUCAUUAACAUUUUUCAUUAGAACAGCUUGGAUUGUUAAAAUGAAUGAACAUUCUGAGGCCUAUGUUCUAACCUGAGCGAGGAGUUUCCCACCCCAGACUGUGCUGUAACAUAUUCCUGAUCUUCACCAUGGUGUAGGUAGCUCUAGUUGCUGCAUUAACUACAGAGAGAUCUUCCUAAGAAGAGAUUUUAACGUGAGUGCAUCCUGUUCUGGAGUUGUGAUGAUCAGCACAGCUGCAGAGGCACACUCACGGCUUGUACUGCAGCAGCCACCAGCUUAUUCCAUGGGAAACCCCAUGGGUGGCUGGAGGGACAGAUCUUCAGGGCAAGGCUGUGUGCUCUGAUGAGUUUGGGCAUUCGGGGGCACUGGGUGUCUAAUUUCCUUCUCCUUCCUGUAAAAGCCAUCAGUGAAGUCCUUCCUCUAGGCCAUCACCAAUGCAGUGUGACAUAAACAAUAGGCUGAUGUCUGAAAAGGCUUUCUUUUUCAAAGAGUAGCAAAAGUGAUCUCACUGGCUGUGCUUGCCCAUCCUUGCCUACCCUUCACUGGCCAUUCCAAAGAGCAGGAAGGAUGGCAUGGUCAUUCAACCACACACAGUGACAACACAAGCAUGCUUACAUGGAUGGGAUAAAGAGAUUUAAUGUCAUUUAGGAUGAAGUUAAAGUAACAAGAAUGGAUAAAUGACAGCAGCUAUAAACUCUGAACCCGAGACUGCUAGUCAAAUUGUAGAAAGAGAACCCCAAAAUGUUGACCACAGUUUGUUGGUUUGGUUUUUUUUAUUGAAGAAAUUAAAUAAUUAGAAAAGAGAAACCUCCCAGAAGUAUGUAUACAUAUCAAGAGGGUGUACAAGGCCAAGGGCAGCCAGAAGAUGUGGGUUUGAAGCAAGGAAGGAAUUUCAUGUAUCUUUCUUCUUGGGUUUCUCAGAGAAAUCUCAAUCAAGAACCUCAGGCGAUUUUUACACUACUGAUGGUUGUCAGUCUGAAUGGUGUCAAAGAACAGAGCAGAUUUCUGGACUUGUUUUGUAGUGAAUACAAGACUCUAUAAAGAUGACUUUUGGAGGGACCUUCAGAAACAUCCUGAUUAUCCAGCAUGUUCAAAACCAAAGAUUAAAGACAAUUCAGCUUUAUGAAGGACUUUCUAGGAGCUUCAAUGAGAUGGGUGUUUCUAAAUUUUAAUUUCCUUAAUGUCUUAUUUUAAGACAGCGUGAAGGUAGAUACAGUAUUGUGUUUUGUAUCAACAGUUUCCUGCCCCAGGUGUAACUCAGAAGACAACCAAAACUUCAGCUGAAGGUGGACUGUCUUUUACAGUUUUGCCAAAUGAGCCAUAAAUCCCAUCUUGAUUUGCUUGCUAAUUUCAAAGAACUGCUUAGAAGUUUUUUUUCUGAGACAGGAAAAUAGAAGUAUUCUCCCAGUGAAAAAAACUUAAAUUUACCUGAAGUAUACCUAGUAGUGUCUAAUCACAGACUGUUUGGGUUUAUUUUUAGUCCUGGUGAUUUCUACUUGUACUGUCAGCUCAGGCUUGAUUGUGAGAGCAGGCUGCAUUUGUUUACCUUCCUGGUGGUCUGUGAUGCAAAUUCUAAAUUUUCUGCAGCAUUUUAAUAUUUUACCUGUGUUUAUGCAAUUGGAACAAAGUUUGUAUGACCAUUUUCACAGUGGAAUAUCAAAGUAACCUGACCAAACCAUCUGUCACAGUCAGGAAGAGAAAACCCCCAAAACUACGUGUAACAGUCCCUUUGACACCAAGAUCUGCAUUACUGUCUUCCAUCCACUUCUAUUUUUUGAGCUGAACAAGAGGAACAUAGUAACAUUUGAGGGAUUUUUGUCUGAGACAGCAUAUUUAGGCAAGAAACUGGUACAGCCUUGUCAGCAAAGUUUUAAAAGUGUGCUUUCAAACAACAUAAUUUUCCCAGUUAAGGGGUUUGUUUUUGGUUUCUGGUUGGUUUAUGGUUUUGUUUUGUUUGGUUUGUUUUUUUUUUUUGCAUAGUAGUAACAUUUCAUCAGUCACCGGUCUUUUAUGUGUAAAGAGAGUGUGGAUUUAAACACAACAUUUUCUAAACUUUAGUGACUUCUCUUUCAAAAGUUUAGUAAAAGAGGCUUUUUUGGAAACAAGGUAACAAUGCAGUUAUGAGCAACCUCAAACUAAAUCUGCCUCCUUCGUGACAAUGGCCACUCACAGAUUUUUUCAACAGCUGCUUCUUUUGCCCAGAAGUGAGCCAAAUAGCACUAUGAAAUCCCACCCAAAACACAGUGCUGCAUUCCCAGCUGCAGGUCUGGCCAUGCUGGUACCAUCCUCCCCACAUCAGGAAUGACCUGACCUUUGCCUGUUACUUACUUGGGCAGUUAAUCCCAAAGCAGAUUUUGGCUGACAGGUGUUCCAGAGGAUGACACUUUGACUCUUUAAAUAUUCAUUAUUUUAUUCUACUGUGUAGAUGGACCACAUUCUAGAGCCAAAACAGUAAUGCCCUGCCUGUAUUGAGUUUCACAUGGAUCUUCUCUUCCUCUGGGUUAACAGUCUCUCAUAAAGCAAUUCAUCAGCCAGCUGGCCUUUCAAAUAGGCAGCCGUCCAAAUUCAGAGUUAAAGCUUUGUGUGAGGUGCCAAGUUUGGUGGAAACUUGGGAGGAACAGCUAAGGAGAAAGAGGAUACAAUUACACCUGGUUUCAUUUCGAAGACUGCCACCAUACCAGUUGUGGAAAGUGCUGCCAUGGCACUUCUGCUUUCAGUGAAACUGUGUUUCUUUGGCUGAAGCAGUGACAGGCUUUGCUCCCGAUGCUACAGGCGUUUGAAAGGAAGGGAAAGGUGACCUGGCACCACUCCGCAUACAGACAAGGAAAGCUUGCUCCCAGCAGAGCCUUAGGUGCAGUAUCCUUCUGUCCUUCUGCUCCAGAGCCUCAUGUGUGUGUGUGCAUGACUAUGGUUAUUAUCACGUGCCUUGCAGGAUUUCAGCUCCAACCUUUUACAGCUCCAGCUUUUUGUGUUCAGUCUCAGGCUCGUUUCUAGUGAGAUCCUUGUCUCUUGUAAAAAACUGGGGGUUUUCAUUGUGGAACAUUCUGAAUGGAAACAAACCCAUACACUUCCUGGACUUGUUUGCAGGGUUUUUUCAUGUUAAGUCCUUACAAAACCUCUUCUAUAAAAAUGAAGUUCAUUUUCACUGAAGAUAGAUUGAAACAGUGUUUAGGUGUUUUCCUUUGUUGCUCAGAUCACAGGUGGCCAAGAGGCAACAAUGGCAAGAUCCCUUAAUUUUCACUGAAAUUUUGUUAGUUAAUUUUGUUCCCUUUAAUUCUAAGCUUAGGCAAGCACGUUUAAUUGCAGUUCUUGGCAGUGAAGACUCAUUGAGGGAAAUACAGAGUUUAUGAGGAGUUUAAGAGCUGCCUGUUUGCCCAGAAGAGGAUGUGACCCAAAGAACAUACAUAUGUCAGGAAGUACAGCUUCUGAAAAUAGACAGAGGAUUCUCUAUACCUCCCAAAACUGCUUUCACCUCAUCAGCACAGACCUGGGUAAUUUGUUGCUCAUGCAGGCAGAAUUUGCAGGGGUUUUAGAUCCAACAAAACAGUCAGCUGUUUGUAUACAACUUUGUGAUAAGGAAAAACAGGUUUUUUGACCGUGUCAAAAGGCAGCCACUGCAAGGGACACAGAUCUGUGGGAACUGUGGUACCAUGACAAUCUCACCCGACACGCAGCAGAAGCGCUGCUGCUCUCCAACGGGCAGGACGGGAGCUAUCUUUUGAGGAAGAGUAAUGAAAGGGAAGAUUUGUACUCCCUCUCUGUAAGGGGAAAAGAUUCUGUGAAACACUUCCAUGUUGAGCACACAGGAACUUCAUUCAAGUUUGGAUUUAAUGAAUUUUCUAGCUUGAAGGAACUGGUCAUGCAUUUUGCAAACCAGCCUUUAAUUGGAAGUGAAACAGGAACUUUAAUUGUAUUGAAGCAUCCCUACCCACGGCAAGUGGAGGAACCUUCCAUUUAUGAGUCAGUCCGAGUUCACACUGCAAUGCAGACAGGAAGGACAGAAAGUGACCUUGUCCCAAAUGCUCCCUCACUUGGUACCAAAGAAGGAUAUUUGAUAAAACAAGGCAAAAUAGUCAAGAACUGGAAAACAAGGUGGUUUACACUGCAUAGGAAUGAACUGAAGUACUUCAAAGACCAGACAGCUACGGAACCAAUUCGAGCACUUGACUUAACUGAAUGCUCAGCUGUGCAAUUUGACUAUUCCCAGGAAAGAGUCAAUUGUUUCUGUUUAGUGUUCCCACUAAGGACAUACUACCUGUGUGCAAAAACUGGGAUAGAAGCUGACGAGUGGAUUAAAAUCCUGCGGUGGAAACUGUCACAGAUACGGAAGCAGCUGGAGGAGCGCAACGCCGCCCUCAGUUCCUAGCGGAGCGCCAGCGCUCCCGCUCCGCUGGCAGGAAUUGCUUCUCUCCAGGGGGAAGGCAUUGCUUACCAGAGGCCAGCCUCAGGUCUCCAGCGCGGUCUGUGCCCCCACACAGAGGUCACCCAGCUCUGCACACACGGGAUCCUGCGGCUCUGGGCGCGCCGGGGCUGCCGAGUCACGCGUGGGGACGGCUGCAGAACCAGAGCGUGGGUUUGAUACGUGUGGUGUGUGCCUGUAAUGCACUUAAUUCAAACACCUGCCACCUAAGCACAGAAGUGGUCACUGUCCAAAACUUUUGGGGUUAUUCAGAGCACUCGUUAAUUUAUUACAAGCUGCAUCACAACUAAGCAUUGGUAUCAUAUUCUGUAAUCCUGAACCUUUUAUUUAAAACAGGUCCUUCCUGGAAACAUUAAAUAUCUUUUUAUUACCUGUUUAGGCUUUAGGCCAAAAGAAAAAUGACAGAAUUACAUUUUGUAAAUAGUAUCUAUACUGCAAUCCAGAAAGUAGUAUUUCAAGGCCCUUCAAGGCCAAAGUGACAGAUGUCAAACAAGUUUUUAUAUGGUUUAGCUUCAUACCACAGUGAUGGCUACAAGGGAAUGCUUGUUUCAAACAGCAUCUGUAGGUAACGGUGAGCAGCAUCAUGUAAGCACACUUGUGUACAAACCAGGGAUUUGAGAAACCAUAGGACACACAUUUAACAGCGUUGUGGCUCACUAGAGAGACAAGAAGUGGAAGCCUAUGAUGUUGGUGCUGUACUCUAAACAGAUGUUACAUUUUGGAAGCAAAGUUUGACACACUGGAGAGGCUCAAGACCAGACUGACCCAGCUGCAAGAUCCCCUGAGCAAUCCUGUGCCUCCUGAAGGGCUGGCAAAGAGGGGGGACCCUCUCUCCCUGCAUAACAAUCCAAUUUAUGCUGAAACAGCAUCUGCAAAGCUCUCCUGCUAUGCAACACUGCAGUCUGUGUUUGGUAUUGAUCGUGCAGAAGGUGUUUGAUAAUUGCCUUUGCUGGGAGAAGAGUGCAGAAGAGGAAGGCAAAAGCACAUUGGAAGAAGAAAGAAAAUCUAGAUUUGGACAUAUAAAUAGCAUUUUAUUUCAACUUAGAAAUUUAAAGUAUUGGUAAAUAUUUUUAUACAGGCUGUUUUCUGAAUAAAAUGUCAUUAUAAAACUACCACAGGUCUUUUAUAUUCCUGCAUGUAUUUCUAAGCUUUGUCCUCCUUUUUCCCUUAAUGAAGCUUUAACAAACUGGCAUCUCCCAUUUAGGUAAAAACCUUUGCUGAGUUUGUGUGAGAGAGAGGCAGCAUAAGGGGAAGAGAGAGAUGAUAUUCUCCAACAGCCUCACUGUCCUGUGAACAUGGCUUGGAAAUGGAGCUUGUAGGGAAACCACAAACAUAGCCUUCCCUUUUUCACAGCAACAGGCUGCUUCACAGAACACUGGACGCAAGUUCAGAACAUGGUGUCACAAACUGAAGCCAGUGAAAGAAAUGGCACUUGGGUGGCCUUGGAAGCCAUCAUAGAUGGAUGGGUUGAGCAGAAACAAACAGCAAGGGGAGGCCUUUGCUGGAACACAAACACGUUCUGCCAGAAAUACACACACCUUCCACCUGCUUCUGUAAUGACCAGCAACCAAAGUCCCAUUCCAGCUUAGUUUAAAUGGAAAAGGGUUGACUGACAAGCUGUUAUCUCUUUUUGAGCCAAGAACUCCCAGUUGUCAUUUCCAGCACCACUGUUUGCCCCCAUCCUGCCUGAUGCACCAGAGGUCGAUAAGGUGUGAACUCAGGGCCAUGGCAUCCCCCUUCCCAGCCCGGGGCACAGACCUGCCCAGAGCUGUCCCCCAGACCUGCAGUGCUUGGCAGGUGUCAUAAGGGGACGGGGGGGGAACAAGAGGUGGGGCUAAGAGCACAGGCUUGAUCCCUAGCAAUGGGAUCUCUGCACUGCCCUCGGACU